ACUGCCUGGGCGGGUCUGUUGACAUGCAGUAGAGUCGCUUAGGCAGUUGGUACAAAACCCUGGGUUGGAUUUUUACUCUCUGGACCUGGUUUCCCACCUCUACUGACAGGUGAGCUGAUUCUGAAGUUACAGCUAGAGCACAUUUAAAAUGUUUAUAACUGAAGUUUAAAUUCUUUGAAACGCAUUUCUGCGUUGGUAAAUCAGUUGAUAUUGUUUUUGUGUUAGUACAAUUAGUACAAAUAUCAAACUGUUCUGUAUGAAAAUGAUCAAAUAUUUAUAAACUUUUUUUUAUAGAUUUUGCUCAAUUCCUCCAUAUGGAGUGGGUAUUCGCUCUCUCUACAGUCUCUUUGAUAAACGUGGCAUUACGUCACUGUGUGUUUUGGCGCGUGGGGAGGGAAUUUGAAAGCGCGGACACGGUGCUGCUUUUCCUGUAUGUUUGUCCAGAGAGUCGACAUGGUCAGCACCCCACUGCCCCUGCCCGUGCACUUUUCCCAUGCCCAGCAAUCAUUCUCUCUGAAAAAGCGCCGCCUUGCCUUCUCCUCGUCUGUGUCGUCAGACUCCCACUCCCCUCAGCGUCAGCUCUCGCACUCCCUGCCACCGCGACCCCCCUCCAAAGGCUGUCCCUCUGUGAGCCGCGUAUUUCCCCAGCGUCGGACCCCCUGGACCCCGCUCUCCUGUGAGCUGAUUGAAAACCCACCACCACUCUCUCUGUAUGACCCUGGCCGGCCGCAGUCCUUCUUCAGCCAGUGCUUCAUAAACCUGGGCCUCAUCGGCAGAGGCUCUUUUGGGGAGGUGUAUAAGGUAAAGAGUCUGUUAGAUGGGCGGCAGUAUGCAGUGAAACGCUCGGUGCAGCGCUUCCGUGGGGAGGUUGAACGCUCCCGGAGCAUCAAAGAGGCUCGGAACCAUGAGCGUCUCCAUCCGCACCCGCAUAUCCUGGGCUUCAUCGCCGCCUGGGAGGAGGGAGGGCAUCUCUACAUUCAGACUGAACUGUGCUGCACCAGCCUGCUUCUCCACACUGAGAACCAGCCUUCAAAUCCAGGUGAGGCAUGUGCCUGGUAUUACCUAUGUGAUCUGCUCUUGGCUCUUGAUCACCUACACUCUCAGGGCUUUGCUCACAUGGACCUCAAACCAGCCAAUGUGUUCCUCACGCGUUCUGGGCGGCUCAAACUCGGUGAUUUUGGCCUCUUGCUGGAGCUGCCCAGAGAGAGCGAGGCUGGAGCGACAGAGGGAGGAAAAGGCACAGACAGGAAGAAGAGGGAGAAAGACGAUGAGCAGGAAGGAGACCCGCGGUACAUGGCUCCUGAACUGCUGAGGGGAGAGUAUGGAGCUGCUGCAGAUGUUUUCAGUCUGGGUGUGUCCAUCCUGGAGCUGUCCUGUAAUAUUGAAGUGCCUAAAGGAGGAGAGGGCUGGCAGCAGCUCAGGAAGGGUUGUCUGCCAUCAGAAUUCACUAACGCCCUGUCUCCAGAGCUGCAGGAUGUUCUGAGGCUGAUGCUGGCCCCAGAGCCCAGAGAAAGAGCUACAGUACAGCAGCUGCUGGCUCUUCCGUCAGUCCGGAAACACAGGUGGAGACGUCAGCUUUCACUACAGGUUUAUGAGAGCUGGCUGUCCAUACUCACUCUCUCACAGUUCAUUCUGUCUGCAGGCUGGAGUUUCUUGUCCUCCCUGAAUUUGCCCUUCAUUCCUCGCUGUUCUCCCCCUGCUCCCUGCACACCCCCUAGAGAGAGCUGGGAGAAGGAGGGUGACGUUAGUGUUCUGCAACUCAGCGCAAUGCUCUCAGACCUGGACACGCCUACAGACGAGCCUGUGUUUCUGCCAGAUGCACACGCAUUACAACACUCUCCUACAACCACACACAGACUCCAGGUCAGGUUGUCUUUUGGAAGCACCUCCACUCCACUGCCAGCCUCCAGCACACUCGCUCGGGACUGUCUCACACACACUCCGACCCGUAGCCUCACACACACUCCCUCCAGUAUCCGCACCAGCAGCUCCAGACACACACUCACAGGCUCGCCCACCCUUAGCCCUAUCCGGUUAGGAUCACAGGGCAGAUCGAGCCGGUUUUCAGACCUCCAGCCACUCCUCUCAGACUCUCCAGCCUCCAGCCGCUCGCUCCGCAGCUGGGCUGAAAAUGAGCAGAAAAGUGGUUUUGAGCCCAAAAACCUGCUGAACCUCUUUGAAGACACCACUUUAUAAAAGGAACAAUCUUUACUUUGAAAAACUGGACAACAAGAAAAGUGUGGGAGGAAACGCUACAACGUGCUGUACUGAGUUACUUUAUACAGACAUUUGUGUUGUACAUGUUUGUACAUCUUUGGUUCCUCUUUAAGGAUUUUUACACAUGCUUUCUUUUUUGUGAAUGAGACUUUGUAUGUUUUUGAAUUGUUUCGAAUUGAAAUUUUCUGCUUGCAGUGCAUUUUGAAAUGAAAAAACUGUUUUGCUGUGUUUUUCUUUUUUAUUUUCUUGUGAGCUUAUGUAAACGUAUGUCAGCAUGUACACCUCAUUUCUGAAUGUACCUUUUGUCUGUUAAUGACUAAAUUUCAAAUGUAUGCUGAUUUAUGCUAUUGUUGUAUUUAUGUUUAACAGUCAAGGACCUAAAUCCAGAAUUUGAAAGUAAAUAGAGCGAACUCACACAAACACAUUAUAACAUUUCACACAAAAACACUUAAUGUAGCUACUUUACAGUCAUGUUCAUUGUAAUCAUGACUUUAGUGUUGCCAUGUUUGGUAGAAUUCCCCAUCUUUCACAGUAUUGUAAUUCUUAUCAUUAUAUAUCCUGUAUUCUCUUAC